AUGGCGGAAGGUGAAGAGAUUCACACAGAAACCGUCCAAUCGAGUAUACCAACCGGCAGAGUGAAACGGAUUAUGAAACUCGACACAGAUAUCAACAAAAUCAACGCCGAUGCCCUAUUCCUAAUCUCGAACGCCACCGAGCUUUUCGUCAAGUUCUUGGCCGAGAAAUCAUCGGAGGUUGCAGUUGAGAAGAAAAGGAAGACAAUAAAGCUGGAGCACCUUCGAAUCGCCGUUAAGAGACACCAGCCGACCGCUGAUUUCCUUCUCGAUUCACUUCCAUUGCCGCCGCCACCGGAGGCGGCUCAGACGUCAUCGAAACCUGAUCGACCUCAUAAAAGGAGUGAUAAUAACCCUGUUCCUGUUGGCACUCAAAACGAGUUACGCUUAUCGGAUCUAUUAUCAAUGGCUGGAUCCUCAUCGAUUAUGUUUCAGAUAUCAUGUCCUAGUAAUGAACUGUAUUGAAAUUCUAGUUUUGGGUCUCUUUUCUGAUAGAAUUCAGAGAUUUUUCAUUAGUUCUGUGUAUCCAUAGCCAAAUUUCCAAAAGGAGCAACCCUUUGACUUCCAAUUCGAAUUGAAUUCUAUCAGAUUUUUUUUCUUCCCUAAAUUGAAAGUGUAAAAAUGUUGUUUUGAUCUCUUAAAUGCGAUAUUGAAUGGUAA